CGGUUGUCUCUGUACAGGAAUUUGGCAAGGAACAAUAUCGCCUAUCUUGAGAAAGGCCUGUUUAACGAUUUAAAAGAUUUGGAAGUUUUGUAAGUAGAAAAAAGGAAACAACGGAUCAUGAUAAAGAGCCCUGUCGUAUUAACAAAUUGGCAGGCCUUGCUAAUGCAAAGGAGGUUCUUGAAUCCGAAGACCUUACUUCCUUUGUCGAUGCGCGGGCGCGUGGGGUGUGUUUUCAUGGUGGCCAUUUGAAUUUUGCCGCCAGCAGGCAAUCGGAUACUCCAAAAAUUCUGACUGCUCUAGACCCGCUAACAAUCUCAUUUCCAGACCCUACCCCAUCUGACAGCAAACUUUGAAAAUGGCCGCCAAGUAAAACCCACUCUGCGCAUCGACAAAGAACGUCAUGUGAGAGCCCUCUGUAGCUACGUAAGUUCUUAAAAAGCACGGCUGGAUAGUCAACUUCCCUCCCAGAUCGCCUUGAUUACCCUCACCAUGAUAGGGAGCCCUCCCACAUUUCAAGGGACAAGCCUUGCGGACGAAGUUGUUGUGUGCCCUGGAGGUUUUCCCUCAUAUAAUCUAGAAAUCUAGGUAUGUGCACCUACAAAGCGAACAAGUGGUUUUUGAACCCUCAGUUGUCUGAAUGUUGGUAAAGAUUUUAACCUUUCGAGUCUGAAGUAUGGGAAGCUAGAAAGUUUGAGAAAGAUUUGUUUUUGUUUUGUUUUUUGUUUGUUUGUUUUUCAUUUUCUCUCGAGAACAUUGGUUUAGAAAAUGAAAUGGAAUAGGGAAAAUCGCAUAAAUGGGAUCUGAAAUAGUGGUAGGGCGUCAAAACAAGAGCCAGACCCCCCCCCCCCCCCCAUGAACUUUCCAGGAGUAUCACCAGGGAUGGUCAGCUUUUAGGUUGUUUAUUUGCGAUUUCUAAUUUUUAUUUUGUCAAGGGAUUUGUCAGGAAACGAAAUCAGCUUUAUCACAGAAGGAAUUUUGAACGGAUUGCCAAAGCUGUCAACGCUGUAAGAUGACAAUGUUCUUUACUAUAUAUAAGGUAGACGAUUCCGAGAACUGUCAGCUCGCCCGCCUGCAUCUAUUCUUAUUUCCAUGUUUUCAGGUACUUACAUGAAAACAAGAUUUCAAGUCUUGAAAGCGGGAGUUUCCGAGACCUGCCAGGAUUGAAACAUCUGUAAGUAUGACGUAAAAGAAUAAACUUCUCUUGGAGAGAGAAUGAAAAAAAAAAAAAAGAAACAAACAAUCGAACAAAGCCAUUUUCUCUAUUUUUCUUACGAGACUAUAUCUGCACCAAACUCAAAAGCUGGUUGUUAGAAGAGUAACCUCUCUUUGAUUGAAUUGAGUUUGAUGAAUAAUGAAAAGCGGAUUUACGACAGACUGACUGGGCGACGGCUUUUACUCAGACUCCUCUCGCGCUUCCUGUCCGUAGUGAUCUCAAUUUAAAAAGACAAACUGCACAAAGAAACACUGCCAAGGCUCAAGGGGUAAUUUAUUGAUACUACGUGUCAAUUCGCUCUUUGGCUCAGUAAAGUGCGCUGCGGACUGAUUUAGUUUUGGAUCGCGAAUGUUCUCAUUGUAAGAUCUGAGAACUCUAACAGCUUUACUUCUAAGCGUAAAUGCCCAAACAGAAACACCGUGCCUGCCAUUUUCGCAAACUAUGAAAAAGGGUUUUUUAACGUCUAACUGAAAAACAAUGCGUGAUAUCACACAUCUCAGGACAACAGUGUCUAUGCCCCGCCAUGUAAGAUCGUCCCCUUUAUGUAUUUACUUGGGGUCUCGCUAGAUUCAAAUACCAUAUUCAAUCCCUGUUUUGGCCACACUUAUCCGACAAGUCAAAUAUCUUUUGAGAAGACAAAUAGAAUUGCCCAUGCGCAACUCGUUAGAGUGAUGUGACAAUGUGACAGCAAAUGUGACAGAUGCCUAACAUUUGUAACCAGGCGUUCUGCUCUACUUUUCCAGAUGGUUGUUCAUCAACAGAAUUUGGGAUCUUCCUUACGAUGUCUUCCACGGACUAGCGCAGCUGAAAGUCUUGUGCGUAUCUCAUAAGUAGCCUAUAUGGUUGUUGUUUUGUCUUUUGACGUCAUUCUACCUUAUAACGAAAAGGGAACACAAGUACUUAAGCCCACGAUGCACCACAUAGUAUUAUGUUCUUAUAAUUAAUAAACCUAAAGAAAGAAAGUUAGAGAGCAACUAUGUUGCGGACAUUUCUUCACCCUAGGUCUUGCCAACAAGGCCGACAAUUGAUGUGACUCUAUUUUCAUAUUCUUAAUAUAUUCUAGAGAGCAUAAUCAAGAGUCUGAGAAUGUUUCCGUCUAUUUUAUUGCAUGAGAGGCAGUCGCACAUUGAAGGUCAGAUUCUGCAGUACAUGAAGCCAGAGGUUUUUUACUGGCGGACAGUUAUGUUAAGUCUGUUAUCUGUAGAUUUCAAGGGAAAAAAAUCAUAAAAGACUAACUCUUACACACGUUCUUACAAAAUUAUUCCUGCCAUUUAGGUCGCUUAGCAUGAACAAGCUAACCCAGCUGAAAGACCAUCUGCUGAGGGACACAAACAACUUGGAGUACAUGUAAGAAAGUUUUAUGACCAAAAACCUGAAACGCCAGCGUCCUCUAAAAAAUGCACCCUUGUUUUUGAAAUAAACAAUCAAUGCCGCUAAGCCCAGUUAGCUCAAUUGGAUUGGCACCCGGUCUGCUGCCCGGGAGACCGCUGGUUCGAACCCCGGCCAGACUCUGAGAUAAGGAGGGGGGCCCGGUCUCCAAAAAAAUUUUUUGGCCCUUCGAGCCUCAGUUUGGUCUAAACAUAAGGGGGAACCGGAAGGCGGGCUCCUUCUCUGGACUUGCCACUGAACAAUCUGGCAAAUUUCUAUAAUCAGUGUUGUAAAUUCUCCCUAAAAAGCCCUGAGGGGAGUGGAUAAUACGGUACAUGUGAUUACAAACGGCACACCUACCAGGGCGUUAUAAAGGACCAAACAAAACAGUUGCUCCUAAACGAAAGAUUCAGAAUACCAUCAUCUGUUGGCCACAUCUAUCCCACUCAUGUUGCACCAUGUGUUAGUGUUUUAUAAACCAAUAUUCAUUUCUAUCUUUCCUCAUUUGCAGGUUUCUCCAGCACAACGAAAUCAAAUUGAUUCCUGACUAUUUCUUCAGAAAUGCGACGAGACUGAAACAUGUGUUAGAAACAUAUUUUUAUAUUGAUAAGUAUUUUUUUCUCCAUUACAUUUUUAUUUAAUUCUAUUUAUCUCUUAGAAGCACUUUUGCUGAAUGUUUGUCGUAUGAAUUUCUGGACUGGUUAUAGCCUUUUUUGCUUAUAGAUUCCUAAACAACAAUAACCUUUCCAUGAUUGGACCAGAAACCUUCAAGGGCGCCUCAAGUCUAGAAACGCUGUAAGAAAAUGAACUAUCAUUAUCUAGCUCUCCCUCAGAAAUAUUGAAUCAGCAGAAGAUAUCCAGAGAAAUAUUGCCAGACUACCGUAACUGCGUUCUUGCCUUGCCUUUGGACAAACUUGCUUAAGAAUGUUAAGGUGAUGUUACACGGGACGAUUGGCAGCGACGAUUUUGAGUGCACAUUUCUUUAACCGAGCCUAAAAAAUUACCAUCUUUCAUUCUUUCAUCACACAGUGCGACAUCGACAUUGCUGAUCCUAGCAGUAUGCAGGACGCGUGUCAAAUAUGAACCUAAUACAUCGCCUCGCUCUCCAUGAGUUCUCCGUAAUCUUCCGUAGCUCAAGUGGAUAGAGCGCCCUCCCGAUCUUUGGGACGUUAUAGGUUCGAAUCUUGUCGGGGACUCAGAUUGUUUCUUUGUCGCACGCUCGUGGCAAGCUGAUCAUUUUAUUUUAACAUAGCGUUACAAUGUUGGAACAAAGUUGGAACUGUUCGAAACAUUGUCGCAACAAUGUUGCCAAGCUUUGUUGCGCUAAAAAUCGUCGUUUCGAAUCGUCUCGCGUAGCAUCACCUUUAAGCAGUAGUUAAGUUAAGAACGUUACGUUGGUGUCCUGACAGCGUAGGGAAAAAAUGUUCAUAUAGCUCUGACUGACGCCGGAAAAGGGAGAAUAGGAGAAGGAAAAGGAAAAGGCAGGGGAAUCCCCAUCUCUUUCCACAGUUUCCCCCUGGGGGGACUCCCACAUUAAAGUGGGGUUGCCCUUCGUCUCGCUUUGGAGUGCACUGUAGAUUGAAGAUUUUGGUCUCAGUGAGGGCCAUUCAGGUAUAGCUUAGUAGUUUGCAUAGAGAAAUUUAAAUAAAUGCCCUGACACUGACCAGACAAAAAUCUCCCUUAGGGAUCAGUUUAAGCUUGAGUCACACCCACAUUGGUCUCCCUUAGGGGUUUGACGGGGACCGUUGGGACCUUAAGAUACAUCGUUUCUGCCUACGAUUACUGCUAGGCCAACAUGUUUGCCAUACAUGCAGCUAUAUAGAAGGCAACCAUGAUUUGCCUGAUGUGGUAAUGCCAUCAUUGCCUAACCGUUUCUAUUUGUGAGAGGCAAUCUACACCUAUUUACGGCUAUACGGAUACGGGUAUAUAAUUUUCCCAUACCUGUUCAUAGACACAGUGUAUUUGAAGGUCUCUUUAUAUAGGACUGUUGACGUCUGGUGAGCUGCUCGAAAUUAAUACUAAGAGAAAAUCUCCUUGAUAUACAUGUGAUAAAUCCGGUCAACAUAACCUAACUUCAAAUAUUCCUACAAGCUAAAAAUAGACGAAUAUAAACUACUUAAACCAGAGCACCAAGGAUAGACAACCCCACUCUCAUCCGUACAUGGGCUUAAUUUAUUAUCAAGAGUAGCAUCUCCUACCACCCCUCCCCCUCUCGGUGAGAGUAUCGUUAGCUUUACUUCCAAUUAGAUAAAUGUGCGGUUUGUUUAAGGCAGACUUAAUACAAGCAGAUUAACUUAUAUUCUAUCCCGGCCUUCUCUCCCCAAGAGUUCUUUCCAACAAUUUUGAACUGGCAGAUAUGCAGAGUGAUACAUUUGCCUACAAUGAGUUCGGAAACCUGUCCUUUAUGUAAGUAAUCCUUUUGCUUAGGGAUAGAAGUUAACUGGUUUGAUAAAACAGUUUGUCCGUUUUUCACGGUGAGCAGAUUGCCGUUCUAUCAGUUGAACAAUCACUGUCACUGUCCUUUACUAGUUAACAACUACUGUAGAAUCAGACGUUUCUUAAUUGUUAGUUUAGCGUCUUUGAAAAUCACUCGCUCAUUAAUCACUUUAUUCGUCAAAAAGAGAGGAGGCUUUAUCCUCUCUUGCUGUAGCCUGUUCCAGGCUCUCACUGAGAUAGUAGGGAUGACGCGUAAGUGAAUGGCACUUGAAAAUAUGAGUCCGUGAUCUAGAAAAUGGGGGCUGCGACUCUUGCUGUCAGUCAGUUAGUUGGUUACUCUGUCACUUAGCCAGGUAGGUUCUUUGUCAUCCCGCCAGUCACAGAGUACGUCAGUCGGUCCGUCUGUCACUUUCAGCUAGCCCGUUGGUCCAUCAGCACAUCGUUAGUUUAUCAGUGGUUCGUCGUUAGUCAGCAACAAAGCCUUCAUUUGGCACGACUGUACUUAAGUCAGUAGUAGUUUAGUCGAACCCUCAGCACCAACAGUGAUGAUCAAUCAAUCAAUCAAUCUGGCAACCGGAAAAAUUAAUGUAUUAAGACAAUUUCUUUGCUUCUUCCAUUUCCACCAUUUUCUUUACCUCAUCAUUUAAUUUUUAGGCAAAUUGUCAACCCCUCAUCUAAGCGGAAGAGGACGCCUUGAGCUGCAAAUCUAUUUCAACAUUGUCCUGAAAGGAUGUUUGUUUCUGUUUUCCAUCAACAAUCAUAUUUUUCACGUUUGAAGAAGCCCGACUAAGUGUUCAAUUAACUUGAGCGAUCUAUUGCAACAAACUAAUGAGAGUCUGAUUCCCCGCUCAGAUUGUCAUGGCAUGUACUCCAUUUUACGCCCUAGUUUCAAUUUCCUUUUUCUUAUCUUUCAGCUAUAUUUUGCAGACAGCUCUUGUAAGAAUCAGGGUGAACAGUUUCAAGCGACACAGGAAAGUGGGAGUGGUUAUGUAAGUUACAACGUUUUUCAACAGAAAUGAAAUGUGUUCGUUGCAAAUUGCUCGGACCUAAAGACAUAAAAAAAGGUAAAAAGUGAAAGAUACCGACAUUUGUGCUUUAGUUUUUUACUCUAACUUUAAACAUUCAUCAUAAACAUCGUUUGUAAUUCUGAACCUUGCGGUUAUCUCGGCAGUGCUCCCACCGAUAGCAUAUUCCUAUUCGAGAUUCCUGGAGACAAUCGUCUACGGGAAGGACUGGCACGCAGUGGAUUCACAUGUAACGGUACUUCAUGUACCCCCUGCCCAUUUGGAACAUACCAAAAGAGGCUUCACAAUGGGUCUCAUUCCUGCAUCGAGUGUCCAGCAGGUAACAACAGGAAGAACAGUUAAAAAAUAAGUCGAGAAAACUGUUGUAAUCUGUAAUUUUGAAUUAGUUUUAACAGAGUCUUAAUAAAAACAUUCUUCUGUUUUUCCUCAUCAAACUUCUACAUAAGAACGAAGAACAAGAACCAAAACUAAAAUUCAGUUAGGAGGUAAAAAAGCGACAAGGUUUUUUUUACACUUGUUUGGAGUUCUCCCUAAACGAUACUUGUGUAAUCGCACAAAAAGCCUCUUUUUGUUGUAAAAUGGCCCGCUUUCUCUUUGCUUUUGCCUACAAUUAACCCAACUAUACUGCAAACAAGAGAUGUAUCCUUUUAAGAUCAAACAACUAUAUCCAGCAAACAAAGGAGUGAUCAGUGCGACAGUAUUUUCUGUGUAUAUUGCCAAGGUAUAUCCCUGGCUUUAUAGAUAUCGCCUCCAUGCGUUAUAAUAUGUCUUUAUAUGUCUGGUAAUAUCCUUGAGCUUUUCUCGCAGGGGGAUUCUACCAGAAUACUGUUGGCCAUUCCGGAACUUUGGCGGGACAGACGGGAUGCCUGCCUUGUCCUAAGGGUACCUUUGUAGAGCUUGACAAGUUCCCUGGAAAGCAUCAGUACGCUUGCCGCGUGUGCCCUGGAGGUGUGUUAUCUGAUAUACAUGUUUAUGAAACUGUACAAACGUUCAUUGUCACUCGAUGACACGUUAUGGUGUGCUUAUGGUGAGUUUAGCUCGGAAAACAGUUAAAGCAGCAAACACAAUAAAUUUUGGGUUUGAUUUUAAUACGUGAAAGGCAAACAAUCAACACCGAUUUGGUAACAGGCCGUUAAUACGUCAGCAAAAACGGUUUAAGCGGGAUUUUGAAGGCAUAGCCAUGGUAGAAGGUGAUUACAUUCAAAUAUUGAUAAAACAAAAUGUUGGAUCGUAUUUAAACCAUUUGAAUGGUCAAUUUAAAAUUUGUGUAGGAGACGCUUGCUUGCAUUAAUCUGCAGAAUUAGUUUAAACAGCAGCAAGACUCCCUCGUUCGAAUUGUUUGUUCAAAAUUCAUGGAACAAACACAUGCGUAAAUCAGCUAAAGAAUUAAUGCAAACGACAGCCAGGCAGCCAGCUUUUUGUUCCGAUUUCCCAAAAUGACAUUCUGAAAAAUGUGAGUGAGAUACCGUAUACAAAACUGUUUGUUUUUUCAACGGGAAAAAACGUUGAAACCGGUCUGAGUUUAAAACAAAGUUGCCUUUACACAGGAUCUAAGACCGACGAGUGGGCAAGUUACCGGGGCUGCUUCUGUAUUGACACGUUCUACCGACGAGGCCGAUUUACAAAGUGUGAGGCGUGUCCCAAGGGCGUCCGCGGCUAUCUCUGCAAUGAGACCAUUUUGGUCAAAGAAGGCUACUGGUGGAGUUUCAGAGAUUAUAAUGAGAGCUGGGAAUAUCAACGAUUUGUUGACGCUUUAAUGACCCCUGAUGAAAAGUUUAACCACGCAGAUGUGAACUUUACGGGCAUAUUUCCCAAGCCCUAUCCGUGCCCUAAGGCAGCUUCAUGUUUAGGACUCCUCAACUCCGUCCGAAAACCUUGCAAGAAAGGCUACGGAGGACCUCUCUGCGAGGUAAGAAUUAGUUAAAAUAUAUGCAUUUUUUCGAGGCUCAAGCGCAUCUCUAGACUUGGAACGAGGGGUAUGCGCUGUAACACUAAAUGUUUGCACAAGCCAAUAGUCUAUACAGAAUCAGAUACGGAUGCAGAUGCAUUAGAACCUUCAUGUGCGACCACCUUUAGUAAGCGACCACUUCACGUAACUUAGCGGACAGCCAUUAAAAAACGGUUGAACUCUCAUUGAGGACCACCUAUUGUACGCAACCAUCUUUUAAGUACCUCAAGUUGGAUGGAGAACAGUCUCUUGAUGAUUUUUUAAUGCUUUCAGUCUCCUGAAAGCAGUCUCGUGAUGCUUUUGUCAAUUCCCUUGUGUUCGCCAAGUUUCUUAAGUGGCAGAUUGUACAAAUAGUGUGUAACAGUGAUAUAAAUGCGAUGUGAAUUUUAAGCCUGGUGAACCUAUAGGAUUGAUGAUUGUUCAGUCUUUGAUAAAGGGAGCUCGUAGGAAAUAUCCGUGUUGCCCAACAGGAGUCGAACCUAUGACCCUUAGAAUACUAGUACAGAUGCUCUACCACUCAGCUACAGGACACUCGAGGGAGCUAAGGCUAAUUGAGCUACGUUCAUGCGACAAACAUCCUGCAUACUUUUAGUGCUGACUUGGAUGUUGACAGGUGUAUAUACACAAUUAGUAAAAUCCAACUAGUGGUCUAUUAUCAAUGCUGCGUUCUGAUUGGUUGAGCUACUAUUAGGCUAUAUGUUAUAGCCCACUAAAAGCGAAAAGUGCUGGAUUCUUGGCGGCAAAAAAAAUUAAAGUUUUGCUUUAAGUUGUUUUGUCUCGAUAUUUUUCACCAACUAGUUGGAUUUUACUAAAACAAUUAUUCCUCUUGCCCUCAUGGCCUCUGAGUCAAUAGCCCCUUCGGCCUUCGGCCUCAUGGGCUAUUGACUCAGAGCCCAGGGGGCUCGAGCAAUAACUGUUAAUGAUAAUUAUUUCAAACGUUGUGGAGAAUACAGUUUAAUGUGUUAUUUUCAGCCCCAACGAAACUUUUUCUUUCAAUUCAGGUGUGCGUCAAAGGAUAUUACAAGUCCAUGUCACGAUGCACAAAGUGCCCUACUUUACCCUGGUUGAUAACACAGAUGGUGUUCAUUGUCUGCGUUAUUUUCCUUCUGAUCUAUAUUCUUUUCCGUGACGAGAGCAAGACCAAGGGCAAAGGACGUACGUUGUCUGACGUAGUGCUGGCGCGCUUAAAAAUUGUCGUUGGUUUUUACCAGGUAUAUUUUAAUUUCUUAUCCUUCAGUUUAAAAUUUUUUUUUUCUUUAAGCUUAACUGGGAUUUUUAUUCACCCAAACAUCCAAACAUUUGCGCGGCCGGAGUGUCCGAGAUUGUUCAUUUUAUCUCUUUCCCUUCUAGACCAAGUUAUUGCGAGAUUAUCUGUCCCUUUAACUCUUAAAUCUGUGACGAGUAUCCUAUGAUCGGUUACAAUUGAAAUGAGACCUCUUUGACUGAAUGUUUGCAUGGUACUAUUUAUUUCACAGCAUUUUACAAAACGAUACCUUGGAUUUUUAAUCGAUAUUUUUUGCAUUGGCCAGUAUUAGGAGUGAAUGAGUCCAAAGGUUCAGUAUGUGCGACUAAUCACCUCGAUCCCCUAAUUGGUACGUUUAUUGUAUGUUUACACUGAAAAGCUCAUUCAAGUGACUAGUGUGGAGUGGUGGAGGUAUUUACCCCGUGAAUAAUAACAGACCGAUGGCUGUCACGCAGUUCUAAUUGACCAUGAAAAAAAUCCUAAAUUUCAUCAUCAUCAUCAUCAUCAUCAUCAUCAUCAACAUCACCAUUAUUAUUAUCAUUAUUGCAAUAUUUAUAGUCGUUCAAAAGCUCAAUAAUACUGUUUCUUGUUCACGUGUCUUUAUUUUCAGGUUACAGCUGGGACAUUGGACGCCUUUUCCUAUGUUCAAUGGCCUGAAGCUCUUCUCCAACUCAGUAACUAUGCCAAAUUCGUUCAACUGAAUCUGGUUCAGAUCGCUCCCAUUCACUGCUUCAGGGAACGUCUGAAAAUGAACGCCUAUGUCGGUCUUGCAGUAACUGUGGCAGUGAAUGUAGGAGUCAUUAUACUGGCAUUUACGUAUUUCCACUUCCGGAAAAUCAUGAUAAGGUAUGACCAUGGUUGACUCUAGUUCAAACCAGAAGAAUUCGCCUUGAUCAAAAACUGUUUAGAAACCUAACGUGCAUGCAUUAACUGUGCAUGACGUUUCCUUUUUUCAAUAGAAAAGAGACACUACAAUAAUUUGUUUCUUUUAUCAUGAGUUCACGACGACAAUGGUAAUGACUGAAAAUCGUGAUGAUGAUGAAAAUUAUAGCUGUGAUAACUAUAUACAGUCUGUAGUGAGAGCAAGUGAAGACAGUAGUAACAGUGAUGAUGGGAAAUGGUUUUCUGAUGAUAAAAUAAUUCUCCGGACGAUGACAGUAAUUUUACCGGUAAAGAUAAUGAUUUCAAAUGGAAAACAAACAGACACUUGCUGGUGCUUCAAAUUUAGGUUUCUCUGUGUAAUAUUUUUAUCGUCCAUUUUCUGUUGCUCACUGAGGCUCAACAACGACACGUCGGCUGAGGAGAAGGCUCGAGCAAUUUCUUUGAGUAAAGUGCGCUGUUAUCGCAGCGCCUUCCUGGUCAUGUUUAUUACGUUUCCAGAAGUCAGUUCAAGGAUUCUUCGGAUGCUCCCCCCUGCAUGUCACAAAAUCUGCCAGGUAUGAAUACUAGUAGCUCGAAGAAUUAGUCAGUAUGCAUAUCACGCGUUUGGGUCCACAAAAGCAUCUUUCUAACACAAAGCCUACUGUAAAUCGGAAUUUGGUAAAUUUGAGGAACUGUGUACUGUUAAAAACUUUAUUAAUCGGAGUUAGCAAUGCCUCCAAACUGCAUACUUUCAGUAGCUUAUGCUUAGUAACUUAUGAGGUUAAGUUAAAAACAAUGGAAAAUUCUAGAACAGUCACAGGUUAAAAGUGGUCGCGGUCGCCUAAAGUCUCUUCCGAAGGGUUUAACUGAAGUGAUUUCGCUGGGAGAAUUUUGUUGUUUUGGAUAGGUGGUCGCUUAUGGGAGGUGGUCGCACAUGGAGGCUCGACUGUAGCAAGAGUGACUUUGCUAAGUUAAAAAGAGACUGCUUGUCUGUAGGCAUUAACUAAUAAACUGUUAUUGGAACUCAGGAUAUAGAUAUGAAAAACUGUACCUACUACCUCAAGAUGGAUUACAGCUUAAAGUGCUUCGAUAAGACUUACAACAAAUACGUGACUGCAGCCUAUGUGGGUUCUAUUUACCCAGUGCUCUUUCCUCUGUUCAUUGUGGUGGUGCUGUAUUUCCUCUACUACCGCCGUCAUAUCAAAAACAGCGCCCUCAACCCACAACCAAAGCGGUUUGAGAUUGUAGAAGGCAUGCGCUUUAUCUAUGAGAACUACAACGAGCGCUGCUGGUACUGGGAAAUAGUGGAGACGAUCAGAAAGUUGAUUCUUACUUCCUGCUUAUCGCUAAUCGGCGCUGAAGGACGAACCUACAUUGGAAUGGCGGCAAUGGCUUCUGGGUUUUAUGCCGUCGCGCAUGCACAGGCUCGUCCAAUCCCCGACAAGUUUGAGCAUUUGUUGCAACUGUCAUCGCUGGUGGCAACUUUUUUCAAUCUGAGUGUGGGCGUCCUGUUACGAAUUCCUUCUGAAAUGGUCAACUUUUCUAUCGAAAAGGACAAAGAUUCUGUUGGAGUUACUGUGCUGCUGGUAACAGCCAAUGUCAUGGUGAUAGGGCUGGUAGUGAGUGAGUACUUAAGGGUAUUAUAUAUGUUUAAGCAGAUUAUUGCAACAACUAUAUAUGUGCCUUUUUUGCUUUUAUCGUUUGUCGUACUUAUGUUAACAUUUUUUCAGUCCUUUCAGUGUUUUCUUGAAAAUUGGUCCUUGUGGUUCGUUCAGAACAUUAAGGUUAAGAUUAAGACACUUGGUCGUGUUCUAAGGCACAUAUAAACACUAUUUUACACAACUUGUUUAAGAAGACAAAUGAAAGCAAUGAUUUCCCUACCAUUCCACUGUUAGGUAUAACUUCGUUUUUACGGCAAACAGCACAGGUAACCAUGCGACACAAAUGAAUCAGGCAACGGAAUGUUCUUAAAACAAACAAAUUAAACUUGAGGAAAUGGCGAAGAGUCCACGGAUAUUCGGAGAGAAAUGGUUGCGGAAAACACCAAAUUAUUACCCGAUGAAUGGCAACGGAUUGUUGAAGAAUAAAACUAAACCGUUCAGACUCUAAACCUCGAAAAAAGGGUAAGGAGUUAUGCAGAUUGAGAAGGCUGUUUCCCUCGAUGUACAAACUUGUUAAUAUAAGUAAUCCGAAUUUAAUAAUUCAAACUGAAUUAAGUUAAACUGUUAAGAAAGUCCUCAAUGUUAGUUUUCUCUUUUCAUUUCUUAGUCCGUUAUCUCUAUACGUUAAGUUGGAGUCUGUACAAUGUCCACAAGAACCCACAGUGUAACUGGGAGUGCUGUGUCGGUGUUAUCCUGUUGGCUCAUAACACCAGAGCAAAUGUCACUGAGGAGAUAGGUGAUCAAAGUAUGGAAAGGAACCAGGUCCAAGGAGACGAUCUUGAGGUUUGUUUCAUUUUGUUUGUUAGCCAUGAUCAUAAGCAAGGCCUAAUUGAAAGCAUUAACACCCGCGGGUUGAUAAUUUUAUGUACCAACCUGCUGCACGCUGCAAAGGACCCAGUAACCAGACGGUGACGUGUAAGAAAAUAAAGCCUUACUGUACGUAUAUGUACUAACAGUGUUAAAAUUUUGUUAAUAGGUUCGCACUAUAGGAGGCUCAGUCAAUGACGAGGAAUUUACAGAAUUAGGGGUGGAAAAUGCCGGCGCAGAUGACAUGUUUACAGACGAACUACAAAAAGAAACCGAUGAAGUUUAUGGGCGUGGUAUCUUUAGUGCAUCACAAACAUCUGGGGCACUAAGGAGACCAAGGAGGAGAACACAUCAUUUCCCCGAGCAUGACCCAAAAUGCGCUGAAACACACUAUGUCAAAAAGGCUGAAUUUUCUUUGGAAACCAAAGAAACCCCCCAAGGUUUUAGUGUCUCGUCAGAAACCCCGACACGAGAUCCGAGUGUCGAUGUUGAGGUGAUGAUCAAGGAAAUUCUUGGAGAGAACAUGGUUGAGAUUCAUGGUCCGAACAGGGACAAAAGUACUAAGAAGAAACCAAACAUCUUAGCGAACGUAGACGCAGAUCCUGAGAGGUCUAACCAAGCUGUGGAUACGAGCGAUGAUGAAGAAACUGACUUUUAA